UCGUCUUAAACAUUACGAGUCGAUAGUUUGCCCAGCCCUCCACAACUCCUUAUCUCCUUGCCGAGCGACCCAGCCCCCUCGCUCUUCGUCCUCCUCGGUCUUCCUCCUCGCUCGAGCGCCUCCACCGCAGGGAAUUGUGCAAGGCCAUUUUUAUACAAAAUGGUUCUCUGUCAAGGCUUAUCUGCUGGACAUGCCCAACUGUUCGCUUUUCCUGCUGCUAAGCAUAAGCCUUUCCUCUUAAGAAGAUCGUGCCUUCGUAUUCCAGCAGGAUCGCUGAGUCCAAAGAGCGUACGGCUUCAAUCUGAGAGCAAGAAUUUUUCGGUACGAGCUGUGCAAGCUGGCACUGAUUUUCUUCAAAAUGACACGCUCACAUCAUUUCCGAGGAUGAGUUCCAUCAAUGGAAUUCCACCAUUAUUGACCCAGCACAAUCAGUGUCGAAGAUCUGAAGUUGGUUGUCGGGCUUCAUCUCUAGCAUCAUUCAGCUAUCCUGAGUUGACUGCCAAACCAAGAUGGUGGUGGAGAACUCUAGCAUGUGUGCCAUACUUACUGCCACUCCACAACAUGUGGUCGUAUGCCGAUGUCAUCUACCAAUUGCACACGUACUUGCAGGGAUUUUCAUUGGUUUACACCUUUAUUGACACCAUGACACUGCUCCCGGGGUGGCUCUUGUUGGUGAUAUUUAUGACUGUGUACUUCUUUGUCGUGAGACGGAAGUGGUCACCCCACUUCAUGAGGUUCCAUGUGAUCUUGGCUAUCCUCCUAGACACCGGUUCCCAAGCAGUGGCAACGAUGUGCACCUGGAUGCCCAGCAUCGUGUACCAGGGGAAGCCCAUGCAGCAUUUCUGGAUGGCUAUUGCUUUCAUACAGAUCUUCACGGUGCUCGAGUGCAUGCGGUGUGCUCUUGCUGGGAUGUAUCCAAACGUUCCUUUCAUAUCCCACACAGCUUUUAUCCAUUCUGAUCUGAAUCUCUUCAGGUAGCCAACUGCUCACCAUACCAGGUUUUGGAUAUUGGAAGGAUGGAAAGGGAGAGGGAGGUGCAGAUAGGGUAGUAUUUUUGCAAUAACUACUUACAGUUCUAUCGACAACAUUUUGUUUAUAUUUGCCAGCAAUUUGACCUUUUUCUGUUGCAACAAAAACCCAAACGGUACAAGUGUUUUAGGUAACGCUGUUGACCUUGAAUUUGACCUUUUUCUGUUGCAAUUUGACCUUUUUCAGGUAACGCUGUUGAUUGUCGCAGCUGUUGAAUUGCUUAAAGUGUUUUAGUUAUCUGCAAUUUUGUGUCUAGAAACGUGUGAAUUCAUGUUUCCUCGUGUGCCUUGAAUUGAGCCCCAGCUGGCUAAAAACAGUUAUCAACCUGUCAUCCUUAAGAGCUUGUACAAUGGUGUUGCUCUGGAA